CGUUUCAGAAUACAAAAUGUAGCCUACUUCUGCCCUCUGAUUUGUAAUGUUUAUCCAAUUGUAAUUUGUAUCAAAUGCAUUAUUAAACUUGCAACAUUGUAGUUACUUUCCACCCCCACAACCAGUUGCAUUGUAGCGAAGUGGCACUGAUUUGGCGUAUUAUAGAUGUUCCCUUCCUAUUCUGUCAGUGUUGUGUGUGCAGAUGGUGGUGGUGCUGCUGUACAGUGACAACUAUUGCCUUUUCGCGAGCUCUGCAUCCACUCGCAGCUGGAUAAACAUUUUGAAUUGACAGGUGGUAGAUGGAUAAUUAGCUUGGAAAUAGAAAAAUGGAAGAUGUAUUUUAACUAGCUAGGUGUGCGGGCUCUUAAGUCUUCGGGGACACGAAUCAUCAAAACGAAUCAUCAAAGUAAACGUUAACGUCCCCUUCUUCAACAGUGUGUAUGGUACCAUGUACAGUAGGAGGUGAUGAGAAUCAUGAAACCAACCCGUCACCUGCUCCUGGUGCUCUGUCCCAUGCUUGUCCUGGGCUUCCUUUACUACUCCUCUGGGAGACUGCACCUGAGGGGCUGGGGACAGAAAUCACUGUAUGACAAACAGGGAUUCUUGCUGAAGCUGGGUGGUAAUCUACCUUUGGAGCUGAUGUACAAGUAUGGUAAUCUCAGCGAGGGAGUCUGUAAGCCUGGCUACGCAGCUGCCAAGAUGACCACCAUCUAUCCAAUGUUCGCUAAACCAGCCCCCAUGUUCCUCGAUCCAAACUUUAGACGAUUCUCCAAGAUCAGCAACUUUUUCCCACCUUUUGGAAUGAAAACGCAAGAAAAGAUCAUAGAUAAUAUUCUGACAGCAACAAAGAGCUAUGGUCUGGGAGAUGAGCUGGACAGUCAGAGUUGUAAGAAGUGCAUCAUCAUGGGAAAUGGUGGUAUUCUGGCCAACAAGUCUAUGGGUGUGAAGAUUGACGAGUACGAUGUGAUUGCAAGGUUGAACGAGGCUCCAGUGUCUGGCUAUGAAAAGGAUGUGGGCUCCAAGACCACCAUGCGUAUCACCUACCCAGAGGGAGCCAUCCAGAAGACUGAACGCUACGAACAGGACUCCCUCUUCGUCCUCUCUGCCUUCAAAGCUCUCGACUUCAAAUGGCUGCGGUCCAUAAUCUUUAAGGAGAGGCUGCGUAGCACAGAAGGGUUCUGGAAGUCUGUGGCCCGUCAUGUCCCCAGGGAGCCCAGUGAGAUGAGGAUCCUCAACCCUUACUUCAUCCAGGAGGCUGCCUUCAGGUUCAUCGGCCUGCCUCACAACAACGGACAGAUGGGGAGAGGGAAUAUUCCGACACUGGGGACGGUUGCCAUAACAAUGGCCCUCCAUAACUGUGAUGAGGUAGCCGUGGCUGGAUUUGGCUAUGACAUGAGCACCCCUCACGCCCCCCUACACUACUACGAGAAGAUCAGGAUGGCGGCCAUCAAAGAGUCCUGGACUCACAACAUUUCUAAGGAGAAGGAGUUCCUGAUUAAGCUGGUGAAGGCUGGGGUUAUACAGGACUUGACCAAUGGGAUCUGUGGCUCAGGAUGCUGAUGACAACAUCCAGCCAAUCCCAGGUCACAGAGAGAUAGAGAGAGGAGAAACACGGAAGCAGCAUUGUGAAGUUCUGCUCUGUUCCCCCCAACCUAACCUGCACCCCUGGCUGAGCCAUACUGUAUUCAGGAAAGAAGGCUGGUGAACGGUUCUGAAGGGUUUCUCGCUCUGACAGAGGAGAACUGUGGUAAAUGGCAUAAUCCCUGCACUACACUGGAGAGAUAGAACUACAACAUUCUAGAAUUCUCUAGAAAACCGAGAGCUAGAACUGUCUAGAACACUGAGAGCUACACACUAUUCUGUUUAAGMAUUUGCUGCAGUGUGACAUUACAGUUUGAUGAAAAGAUGGACUGACAAUCUGGACAUAAUGGGUUGUGCCAAGAAUACCUCUGGAGAAGGAUAACGGACAUGCCUCUACUCAUACUUCGACAGUAUACCUGAAUGUAUUCUGUCACCACGUACGCAUCACUGUUAUAUAUUUAUUUUAAUCUCUUGUAAUGGCAGCAUUGCCCUCUCUGGGCUCAGUCGAAUAGGUUUCCAGACAGGUAGCAAAUAAUGCACAUACAUAUUCUGCUUCUAAUGUAUUGGGAAGUGGACGGAAGGGCCGGUGCUCAUGGUUUYGAAGCCCUCCACACCUUCCUUCCCCCUUUAAGAUAUGCUUUUAAAUGAUUUACCUUGAGAGAUUACUUUGUUCUCCUCUGUCUUUUUUAAAAUGCAAAGAACAAGAAAAAAAAUGGGGGGUGACGAGUGACCGACCCCCCUCACUGGAUAAACAUGUUUUAUUUUCAGAGAAGCACUGAGCUUUGUGUCAUUUUCAGUUCAUCAGUGUUCUUCCCAAACACUCAUCUGUCCUGGAUCACGUUUCAGACUGUUACUCUGGUCUUAAUGCUGUUAUAUUUGUCUAUAGGGCUCUGGUCAAACAUUGUGCACUAUAUAGGGAAUAGGGUGCCAUUUGGGAUGCAUACUUUAUUUCAAGUCUGCAUGGCCUGCAAACAUAAUCAGUGUUACUACUUACUACUGUCAGUUGUUGUUUAAACAAUUGAGGUUUAUCAAUUUUAAAUGUCUUGUUUUAUUUCUUUGUUKAUUUUUGUCAAAAUGGAUUGUAUUUUGUUAAGCAAUAAUAUAUGGUGUCUUAACCGCCGUUCUCUGUUCAGCCACAUAUUAUCUUAUUUUCUACUCAUAUGCACAAGCCAAAGCACUUGAUCUGAACUUCUCAUCGCUCAUACACAGCAGGGGAGGCGGCUGAGGGAAACGGCUCAUAAUAAUGGCUGGAAUUGAGUCAAUGGGAUUGUUUCAACCACAUGGAAACCAUAUGCUUGAUAUCAUUCCAUCGACAUUCAGCCAUUAUUAUGAGCCGUCCUCCGCUCAGCCGCCUCCACUGAUACAGUCACUACACUAUGGAUCGUCGUGCAUCAAGAUGGUUUGAUAAAUGAAAUAAAGCAGAUUAUAACGCUG